UUCAAUUAAGUUUUCAUAUUUUAAUUUACUAAACUUUCUUAAAUUUGUUCAUUCAUCUUUGAAAAUGGUUAUGCUGAAAUUAAGACACUCUCGUGUUGGACCUCGGAAACUGUCAGUGCCAAAUUUACAGACAUUGAUCUUCACAUUGUUUGUGACCUUUACAUUCCUCAUUCUCAUUCUCUUAACUCUUCGUAUUCCUAAACCCAACCAACUCAACUCCAUCUCUCGUAACGAUCUCAGAAGCGAUGACAAUGACAAUAAGUGUUGGGUUGAAAUUAUAUCGUGGGAGCCUAGAGCCUUUAUCCAUCAUAAUUUUCUGACAAAGGAAGAAUGUGAACAUAUAAUCAAUAUAGCUAAGCCACAUAUGCAUAAGUCAGCGGUUGUUGAUAAUAUAACAGGAAAAGGUUUGAACAGCAGUUCACGGACAAGCUCCGGAGCUUUUCUUGCGAGAGGACGUGAUAAAAUUGUGAGGAAUAUUGAGAAAAGAAUAGCUGAUGUAACUUUUAUACCUGUAGAGCAUGGCGAAAACCUUAAUGUUCUCCAUUAUGAAGUUGGACAGAAAUAUGAAUCUCAUUUUGACUACUUUUACGAUAAGUUUAGUACUAGGAAUGGAGGUCAACGUAUAGCAACAAUGUUGAUGUACCUUUCAGAUGUUGAAGAAGGGGGUGAGACAGUGUUCCCAGCUGCCGAGGGAAACUUUAGCUCUGUGCCUUGGUGGAAUGAGCUUUCUGAUUGUGGAAAACAAGGACUUUCAGUUAAACCAAAGAUGGGUGAUGCUAUACUUUUCUGGAGCAUGAAGCCUGAUGCGACUCUAGAUCGCGCAAGUUUGCAUGGUGCUUGUCCUGUGAUCAAGGGUGAUAAGUGGUCAUGCGCCAAAUGGAUGCGGAUGGGUGAACACAUAACCCAUUGAACGGAAAUGGAUUCCGUGCAGUCACUAUUUGACUGCAGUGGGAACUUUGUUGGGGGCUAUGACUGGAGCAUUGAUAGGUCAAGAAACAGAGAGUGGCUUCAUACGAGGUGCUGCUGUUGGUGCUGUUUCAGGGGCUGUUUUCUCUAUUGAAGUCUUUGAAUGUUCUCUUGAU